GGCGGCAGAAUGUGGUUGCCGAGGGAAGGGUUUAGGGUUUUAAGUUUGAUUUUGGGUAGGGGCAUAUGUGUCAUUUCAGUGUAGUUUAGGGCGAUAAAAUUUAAAUUUUAGGGCGACAAAUAGCGAUUCAGAAACUGGAUUCUUAUUUAACGCCCUAACUUUUUAAAAUUUCCGCCCUAAAUAACCAAACAGACAAAAAUACCCCCAAUUUCUCAAACGGUCGCCCCCAACUUCACAAAACGUAUGCCCUAAUCUCCAACUCAGGCGCCCCAAACCCGUCGUUAGAGCUGGAUGACCGUCGCCCAACUCCAACGUCGCCGCCGUUCGUCGAAAUCCGCCGUUCGCCCUGGAUAACCGGCGCCCAACUCCCUCGUCGUCGCCGUUCUCCGUUCGUCCUGGAAGUCCGUGGCAGGGACGAGAUUGAGAGGGAAGAUAACCGGAAGGAGAGCGGGAAGGCGAGGAUAUGAUUAAGAUGAAGAAGUGUAUGUUUCUCGAGCAAAUCGCGAGGGAUCGAGUGAUGAUUCUGCAGAGGGAGGAGAUUGUUGAUGAUGGUGAUGAUAAUGGAGAAUGGGAGUUAGGGAGGUGGUGGUGGUGCAUAUCGACGGAGAGGGUUCCGUCGGCGACCAUUUUGGGGGAGGAAUGAGGACGGGGGACGAUCGAGUGGGCGCCAUUAAUGGUGGUGGUGUUGGUGGCACCAUUGGAGGAUCUCACUGGAGCUUCAUUGAGCAUUUUUCCUUUCCAGUCAAAUCGGGAUUGGACCGAGCAUCACUCCCAGCCGCGAGGAAUCCCUAGGUCGAGGGGGUGGCGGUGACAGCAGCCCUCUGGCGACGGCGAAGAUUGUUAGGGAUUGGAAAGUUUGUGGGGCAAAAUCGCCCAAUUAUCGAGUUAGGGCGACAAAUUUUAAAAAACCUAGGGCGUUAAUUAGUACCUCUAUUCAGAAAAUGAUCAGGUAUUGGCGGGAAACUAGCACGCUCCAAGUCUCAAAAAAGAAACAGGCAAAAUCUCCUAAAACCCGCGCCCUUCCCAAAUCGCUAUCCCGCUCCUCUCUCCCCCUCGAUCUCCAUCUGCAAACUUGGAGAGAAACCAGUGGAUCUCCUGCUCCGCCGCCGUUAAGGUGCCAUUUCUCUCCGCCAAACUCGCUAUGCGAACUCACUCACCCGCCGCCGGACACCAACUCGCCGUACGCGACUCGCUCUCCGUCGUCACCAGCACCGCCGCCGCGGGCUCUGAUUCUCAGAAGGCAUGGUAUCUUCUAUAUCUCGUCAUAUCCAUCGGCCGGCCGGCGACGAUUCUCGAGCUAGUCUCCCGCUGCGUUCCGUUCAGAGCGACGCCCGAUCUCGUCCGCAGUCUUUGCUCGCUCCUGAGCUCCCCAAUCGCGUUAACCUGCAGCGGCAGAAAUGGCGCCUGCGUUACUGCUUCUAUGCUCGGUUGGGAGACGAUUAGAAAGUUAGUGUCCAAUUCCGAGUCGAUUCACCGGUUUCUGAUAUGGAUUGGCCAGGGAUUGGGCCUCAAUUUAGCCGGAGGAGCGCCGCCGCUUCAAGGUUCAGUGAGGAUGUACUUUAAUAAAAGGAAACGAAUCGGAUUCGUCCGUCAAGAAGAAGUGGAGAAUGAAGAUCCAAAUGUUUCUCGUCCUCUCAAAAGAACUCGUACUGCUGCAUUAGAGGUUCCUUUCUCUAUUGUUGAGGGAGGCCUUUGGGAUGCAGGAUCUUUGUCGAAACUAAUGGAAAUUAGGUUAAAUAAUUUGGCCCUUCUUCCAGAAUGCUUCCCAGAAACCGUAGUAAGUAGAUUUGAUUGUAAACAGAUAGAAGAUGAGUAUGAUUCAACUGCAAUAUUAGAGGGAGAUGAGCAGAAAACAGUCUCGAAUGCUGAUGUUUCCGAGGAGCUUGGUGUUCAAGAAGUGAAAAGUGAUGAUCUUAUGGAAGUCAUGCUGAGCAAUAUGGCUUUGAUUCCGGAAUGGUCUCCGGAAAUUGUUCUCAGUAAAUUAGAUUUUAGACCGGAUGAUGUGAAGCAGAUAGAAGAUGAGUGUGUUUCGGAUGCAAUAUUGGAAGUGGAGCACAAACCGGUCAGUUCUGAUGGGCUUGUGGACACCAUGCUAAAUGAUAGGGUUCUCAUUCCAGAACGCUUGCUCAAAACGGUUGACAGCAGUUUAGAUUCUAGACCUAAGGAUGUCAAGCAGAUAGAAGAUGAUCCUAUUCCAACUGCAAUAGCGGAAAGGAAGGAGCAUAAAACAGUUGAUUCUGCUGAGAUAGUUGAUAAUCAUGAAGCAGACCUUUGUGGUAUGCCAACUGAAAAUGGCUGUGAAGAAAAGAUGGAGCCAUCUUCAAACAAAGAACUAGCUACCAUUGUUGGUGGCAUUCAAACAGAAGUUGGACCAAGCAAUGCAACACUAAAACCUGCCAUUCAUGGCAUGUCAAUUGAAGAUGGCUGUGAAGAAAAGAAGGUGCAGGAAUCUUCGGAAAAAAAGCUAGUUACUACUGAUGCAAAUAAAGAGAAUUGCUUGAAGACACUUGACAUAUCUGUUACCGAUAAACACUUCCAGAAGUCCUCUGCCAAGACAAGGUUUGCAAAGGGAAAUGGAAUGUCUCCAAGACAUCAAGCUCUCUGCAAGUCCAUUGAUAGAAACAAACCCGAGAGCCCUGUCAAAAGGCAGCAGGGAAAUGACCACCACAUAAGAGAUUCCAUGCCCCAAAGUUCAAAGCGGAAACAUGAUGUGCAAGCAAAAGAAGGAAGGAAGGAUGCUGCUGCUGUCACUUCCAAUCAAGUCGAACCGAAAGGCCUACCUACCUUUGAAUCCUACAUUGUUGAUGCGGAGGAAGGUUCAGGUGGCUAUGGCACUGUAUAUAGGGCAAGAAGGAAAGACGAUGGAGGGACGGUGGCCAUUAAAUUCCCUCAUGUAAAUGCACAUAAACAGCAUGUUACUAAUGAGCAAAGGAUGCUGGAGAGGUUUGGGGGUAGAAACUAUAUCAUAAGAUAUGAAGGCCAUUUCAAGAGCGAAAAUUCUUUGUGUUUUGUUCUGGAGCACAUUGAGCAUGAUAAACCUGAGGUAUUGAAGAAGGAAAUAGAUACAGUUCAGAUAAGGUGGUACGCCUAUUGCCUUUUCAGAUCACUUUCCAGUCUUCAUAAGCAGCAGGGGAUUGUCCAUAGAGAUGUCAAACCUGGCAACUUCCUUUUCUCUCGCAAAGCUAAUAAGGGUUAUCUCAUUGAUUUCAACCUUGCCUUGGUUAGUCAUACUAGUCUUUGUUAUGUUUUAUCUGUCCGACGAUGUGUUCCAUUUAAAAUGGUACUUAUAGUUUCUUCCUUUUCUUGGCAGGAUCUGCACCAGAAGUAUGGAGCGACUAACAAAUUCAGAACUGGGACUGACAAAACCUUCAGUGACGCAAUGCUAAACAAGUCCAGACCUUUUCAACCUGUCAAAGCUGGUAGGACUCAGAAUCCGAAGUCUUUGGAUGUAGUCAGUCAUGAAGAAGCUAAAGGCUCAAAGAACUGGAAAAGGAAGGAUGGUAACGCUUUGAAAGCUCAGAAUGACACGCGUGGAUGGAAUCUCACACAAAGUCAAGGAGCAGAAGGCUCAGGAGUAACCUCCCUAAAAGACUUGACCAGUAAUAUGGCUCCUUCAGCCGAAAGGCUAAGAGAGCCUUUACCAAGCCAUGGCAGGAAGGCGCUCCUGAGUUUGUUGCAGGAAACAAUGAACUCCCCGAAUCACGAAGCAUCCAGCACUCCAUCUUCUAUGAGGAAGAGGGUUGCAGCUCCUCCUUCUAAAGUCGAUGGAAGACUUAUUUAUGUCUCUCCAAUGCCUUUGCAGCCUUAUGGGAUGACUGCCACACUUCAUGGCUUGACCAAGAGCAAAGAUGGGAAGUUGAAGAAAGAAGGGCCUUGUAUGGGAACAAAAGGCUUCCGUGCUCCAGAGGUGUUGUUGAGAUCACAGUAUCAAGGUCCCAAGGUUGAUUCUUGGUCAGCAGGGGUAACCUUACUGUAUCUAAUGAUAGGAAGAACACCUUUCUGUGGUGAACCUGAGCAGAACAUAAAAGAGAUAGCAAAGUUGAGGGGCAGUGAAGAUCUCUGGGAAGUUGCUAAGUUACAUGACCGUGAAUCCUCAUUUCCACCGGAACUGUACAACAAUCAAUCCCUGCAGUCUCUACCACUUCGGGAAUGGUGCAAGAUCAAUACAAAACGACGUGGCUUCCUUGAUCAGGUGCCUACUUCUCUAAUCGACCUCGUCGACAAGUGCUUAACUGUAAACCCAAGGUCCAGAAUCAGUUGUGAUGACGCUUUGAAGCAUGAGUUUUUCGCUCCAUUGCACGAGAUGAUUAAGAAGCACAAGCUGACUCGCCAGGGUGGUUCGACCCUUGUGGCUGACUCAGGCACCAUCAGGGCUCCUUUGAAUCAAUGAAACUCGGGUUAGCCGGCUCCCUAACCCAUAUCACCAUGCAGCUUCUAAUUGACUGAAAUGUAGUGUAAAUUGCCUUCACUUACAUGUAAGCCUUCUUAGAGUUUGAACUUUUAAUCUGAUCUUUGUCAGGAAAAGUGUCGAAGCUCCAUAUGUAGCAUUGUGGUUGUAAUUGUAGUUGUAAACUCCAUCUGUCAUCUCUUUAGAUUGGAUGAAGACCGUGCCUGCUAAUUCGAUCUGAAUUUGACUCGUCAGAGGUGACGACCUUUAACUACUUGAUCCAUCUUGAUCAACGGUCUGAUAUAACUUGGU